GAGAAGGCGGAUCUCCAAUCCGCACCAAUCCGCGGCGUUCCUCCGGUCGUUUAAAGAGCCUCUUUGUGUCAAUCACUCGUUUUUUCAUCGCCAUAUUGGGCGCCGAAAAGCCUCGCCUUGUUAUUUCUCUUCCCCUUAUUUACUACGACGCGCAGUAGACAGGAGCGGCCACCGCGAACGCUGCUUUUGGUUUGAUGCUCGUCGCCCGUCCGUGUUUUUCGCUCAUGCGGCGCACCCGGGGCGAGUCUGCCUUUACGCCCGUCGCUUUGGAUCGCGUUAACGCAGGAGGGAACGCUCAGUAACAGCUGUCGGGUUUGUGUUUUCGCACUUGAACGCCUUAAAAUGUCCAACGUGCGCUUGUCUAACGGCAGCCCGACGCUGGAACGGAUGGAGGCGCGACUGUCAAACCAGCCCAAGCCGUCGGCGUGUCGGAACCUGUUCGGUCCGGUGGAUCAUGAAGAGUUAAAGAAGGAUUUCCAGCGGCAGCUGAAGGCGAUGGAGGACGCGUCGGCGGACGCGUGGAACUUCGACUUCUCCACGCACACGCCGCACACCGACGGCAGAUACCAGUGGGACGCGCUGGAUAUUCGCUCGGUGCCCGGUUUCUACAGCAGAUCGGUGCGGGCGAAGGGCUCCGAUCUUCACAUGUGCUCCUCUGGGAAUAAUAGCGACAAUAAUGUGGAUGUUAACGGCAAUCACGACUGUCGCGUAACGGAGCAGAGCGCGGAGACGCCCGAAAAAGACCGAGAGCAGAGGAAAAGAACCUCCUGUCUCGACUCCUCGUGUCAAAGCAAACGCUCACACAUCUGUGCGGAUGAAGUGACACGGACGCCGAGAAAACCCAGAAAACACCCCAGCCCGACACGUACACAAACCCAGUGAGAAGCGUGUCUAAUUCUCUCGUAUUUCCGGACAGGGCUGAAGUUGAUUGCUGUGGGUUUGAUGACCUCAGUGCUUGCUGAACGAAAGAUUUUUUUGGGGGGGAGAAACGGACGAGCGGAUGGAGGAACGAGUGGAAAAUAAAACAUAUCAACUCUAAGAGUGUGUUCAAGCACUGAAACAAACACUAAAGUUCUGGCACUCAAGAAAAUAGCAGCUGCCUCGUAAAGCAGUGUAUGUAGCAGUGUGCAAUUAGGUUGCAUUUCCUUUUUUGCUCAUUUUUCGUUUUUCUUUCUACCUGUGUAUAUAAAUAUAUAUUUGUUCCUUUUCAUAUGUAGCACAUAAUUAGUAUUAUGUUGGAAAAAUUCUAUUUUUUUUUUUUGGAGGUGUGAGUUUGGUUUGAUUUGAAGAGUUGCCGUGUGUAGAUUAUUUCUGAAAUGCUGUUCAUGUUUAUUUCACGUUUUGAAGGUCUGUUUUAUAUUGGCUGUGUAAAACAAUUUUUUUUUUUCAGAUGAGGUACACAAAAUAGCAGUUCUUAGAAUGGAUCCGAACAUCUCAGCCUGUUUUUUUUUUGAAGGUGAUGUAAAAGUUCAAACUCUGAGGUCAAACCUUGUAGCAUCGACCAGUAUUACCAGUAUCAGGCACUUCCACGUCUCUCACCCUCUUAAAUUAUUUCUUUGCAAGAUGUUUCUUGAUCAUCUGUAAUUUGCGUGAGGUUUUCUACUGAUAUUUUUUGUUUCACUUUUGUUUGACUCAAUCACCCUUGAUUUUGCCUUAUUUUCUUUGCAUAAAGCUCCAGCAACCAUGUGCAUCUAAAACACUCGACGAACAGAUUCUGUGGUGAAACCUGAUGCAUAAUUGUAUUUAUAAAGUAAAUAUUAAUAUUUGAACGAUCUACACUGCCUGUGUAUUUGUGUAAACUUUGAAAUGUACCUGUGUACAUAACUUUGUAAAAACACUGAGAAAAUUAAAACUAACUUAUUUGUCAAGCAUUUUUUUUUUUUUGGAAAUUAAAAAUGGGUUUUUGGUCAAGGUUUGAGUCGUUAUCUUUGUAAAAAUAUAUUUUUUUUUUUGUAGUUUCUUUUAUCUGAUUUUUAAAAAUAUUAUUUUAACAAUUUGUAAAAGGUUGCAAACUGAGCCUGAUUAAAAUAUUUGAUAAGUGCUUUUUUUGUCAUGUGUGGUUAUACAAUGUGCUGCAAUCAAUUAAAAGAGAAUUAAAUUAUUUCAACCCA